CCAGCGUCCAUAUUCAGAUCCUUUGCCACUUUUCCCACUUCGCGACGCCCACCCUAGCCACUUCCAUAUUAUCUGCGGGGCCUCGGAAUACUUCCAGAGGCCCCGAAUCUUGUUCUUGUCAUUUCGUCCAACUUGGACCCGAUCGAAGCACGAGGGUAUGUCUCACGACGAGGCUCAAAGCCAUCCAACGGGAGGGCCAUCGCAAAACUCUGAAGAAUAUGGGGUAUUCUCCCAUCGCUCCACUCCGACAUCUACACCCACCGGUUCGACGGCGAACCCUCCUCAUCAAGACCCCCAAAACCCACUGGCUUCGGCGGUAGCAGCUAUGGAGCUACACAACUCGCGAGGCAUAACUCCGCUGCAGAGGUGGGCCGCGAAUGCCUCAGAUUCUCAAUUCAAUGCUUUAUCGGGAGCCGUGGGCGGCUUUACCUCUGGCGUCGUCACAUGCCCCCUUGAUGUUAUCAAGACAAAGCUACAAGCCCAAGGAGGAUUCGUCUCCAUGAACAAAGGAGGAGGAUAUGUUGGGCAUCGCAAGGUAUACUCAGGUCUGUUGGGCACAGCCAAUGUCAUAUGGAAGGAGGAAGGGUUGCGCGGCAUGUACAGAGGCUUGGGGCCUAUCAUCCUUGGCUACCUACCGACCUGGGCAGUUUGGUUCACUGUCUACAACAAGAGCAAAGUUAUCAUAGCCGAGAACAAUCUGCAGAAAAAUCAGUUUUUCAUAAACUUUUGGUCAUCAAUCAUAGCUGGAGCCAGCAGCACGAUAGUAACGAAUCCAAUAUGGGUGAUCAAAACUCGACUCAUGUCACAGUCUGCGACGGGACGCCAUCCACAAAUGUCCCCUUUCCCACGCUCUGGCAAUACCCCAACUUCCAGACCAAACAUCGAUUCUCCUUGGCACUAUCGAUCAACUCUUGAUGCUGCGCGAAAAAUGUAUUCUUCGGAAGGCAUUUUAUCAUUCUACUCUGGACUUACUCCAGCACUUCUGGGGCUGACGCAUGUUGCCGUACAAUUUCCCGUAUACGAGUUCCUACGAAAGAAGUUCACGGGCCAGUCUAUGGGUGAAAUGGGUGACAACGAUGAGCAGAGUCAUUGGUUUGGUGUACUCUCUGCUUCAGUGAUGUCGAAGAUCAUGGCUAGUUCGGCUACUUAUCCUCAUGAGGUGAUCCGGACCCGGCUGCAGACACAAAGGCGCCCAGCUCCCGGAAGCGAAUUUCUACAAGGUCUAGGGGUCUCGGAAUCUACCCCUGGCAGUCAGAGCCAUGUGCCCAGUAAUGCCCGCGUUGUCACCCCCCAGCCUAAGUAUCGGGGCGUGGUCAUGACUUUCCGGACUAUUUUGCGAGAAGAGGGUUGGAGAGCAUUUUACGCAGGCAUGGGGGUCAACAUGAUGCGAGCUGUUCCAGCAGCCACGGUGACGAUGAUGACAUAUGAGUUCGUUAUGAAGUCUUUGCAUCACGCACAAUCCGAGGGCCGACGGAAGGAGGGCCUAGACGACGAUACGUAAACAUAGUUAGGGGUCAUGCAUAUUAGGGAAAUGCGUUUUUGCGCCGUCAUUCGUCAUUAUUGCGAGACUUGAAAGCACAAUUCCCCCAUUCUGGGCGCUAGUGAGGAAAUAAAUAGCCGAGGAAAAGAUUUUGCCUCGCGG